GAAAUUUCUUCCAAAAAUAAUGGCAAAAAGUAAGGGAGAACAAAAGGUGAAUGUCCCGAUUAGGCUCGAUCCUUUCGGUUAAAAAUUGUUUCUCUUCCAGAUAUGGGACUAAAGCGUUUCCUUCGAGAGCGCAAGAGAUUGAUAACACGGUUGAUAUGGUUGGUGCCCGGCUUGAUCAUCCUCUCGAUAUACAACGGGUUCCAAGUGAAGAGCUUCACGGGUGACAAUCUUCACCCUCCUCCAUGGCAAAGGUGCAAGGAUCCGAGCUUUUUCCACAGGCUGGGCAGACUCCCGACCUUGCGCAGGUGCCAGCAACUCGAGAACAAUCUGAUAAUCGAUCCAGUUCCCUUCCAAGCCGGGAAUUUAUCGCUCCCUCUUCAGUCCAGGAGAUGCCCUGCUUACUACAGCAGGGUUUUCGAGGAUCUCGCACCGUGGAAAGAGAAAGGGAUCCAAGAGCAUGACUUGGAGACUGCACGGAAGCACUCGGCUUUCAGGGCGAUCGUCCGGGAUGGGCGAUUGUACGUAGAGCUUUACUACAGGUGCUUCCAGACGAGGAUGAUGUUUACAAUUGUGGGAAUCAUGCAGCUGCUACAGAGGUUUCCCGGCCAGAUUCCAGACGUGGAUAUCUUCUUCAAUUGCCAAGACCGGCCUCAGAUCACCAAGUCUGCCUUCGAUGAAGCUCCGCCACCUUUGUUUGGCUACUGCAGCACGAAGAACCACUUCGAUAUCCCAUUUCCAGACUGGUCGUUUUGGGGAUGGCCGGAGAACAAGAUCCUGCCUUGGAGGAGCCAACUCAAGAGAAUCACGCAGCAAGCGGAAUGGAAAGAUCGAGACUCCAGUGUGCAGUGGAGGGGAGAUCCGAGAACUUCGCAAAUCCGGCAGAGACUCAUAGCUUGCAACAGCACUGGUGAUAAGACGCUGCUCGUCCAUGGACAGAACUGGCGAGAUCAAAGCGACUUGCAAAACUGGAAGCUGGAAAGCCAUUGCCACUCCAGAUACAAACUCUAUGCCGAAGGAUACGCAUGGUCUGCGAGCUACAAGUACAUCAUGGGCUGUGGCUCCACUGUUCUAGCAAUCGAUUCGGACUACUACGAGUUCUUCACUCGGGAUCUGAAAGCUGGAGUUCACUACGUUCCUAUAAGUCGGGAAGGGAACCUCUGUCAAUCGAUCUCCAACGCGAGGCAGUGGGGGGAGUCGCAUCCUGGAGAGGCACAGGCAAUCGCUACUCGGGGACAGAGGUUUCUAGUGGAAGAUCUCAGUCUGGAUCAAGUAUAUGGCUAUAUGCUUCACUUGAUCCAAGAGUAUGGGAAGCUCCAGAAGUUCAAGCCCCCGGUACCGAGAGAAGCUCACGUAGUUCAUCCGGGUCUGGUCAAGUGUUUGGCCCAUCCUCGGGAUUUAGAGACGCUGGAGCGCACUGCUAUAGAAGCUAUUGCUACGAAGGCAUCCGGUUUGUGUUCUAGCAGCGUACAAACUAUCUAACAUUGAAGUAAAAAAAUCUCUGUCAUGAUCUUGGCUUUAUGAAAACUUGAUGACAAUGAAGAUUAUAUCACUUCUCA